UUGUGCAACCAAUAAUAUGGCUACUUCCUCUUCCAACCAAAUUACAAUCAUUCUUUUUUGUUUACUAUCUACAAUCAUCUUUAACUCAUCAUCACUGCUUAUGUAUAAUUCUAUGAUCAUUCAUUGUGAUGAGAAGGAUGAGAACACAUUGCUCAAGUUUAAACAUGAAGUCACAGAUCCUUCUGGUGUACUCUCAUCUUGGUCUUCUGAUGAAGAAAAAGAUUGUUGUCAGUGGAGAGGAGUUCAUUGUGAUAACAUCACACACAGAGUUACAGAGCUUCAUCUCCCUUGUGAUACAAUCCAAUCUGAUGAAAUUCUUGAUAAAGAUAAUGAGAAAUCGCACUGUCUAACAGGUUCCAGUUAUGUAUACUUUAAGGUAGUUACAAAAUAUAUGGUAUUAGAUUUUGUACAUCCAAUAUGCCUUGUUGAUCUUUCAAGCAACAAUUUCUCUGGAACAAUACCAUCAGAGUUAUUUAUGCUCACUGGAUUGCAAUCUUUAAAUCUGUCCCACAAUCAAUUAAUGGGAUCGAUUUCACAACAUGUUAGUAACUUGACACUGCUGGAAUCUCUUGAUCUCUCAAACAAUUUAUUUUCCGGACAAAUUCCUCAGUCCAUGUCUGGUAUGUCUUUUCUUGGAGCCUUGAAUCUUUCAUGCAACAAUUUUGAAGGCAAAAUCCCAUUGGGAACACAACUUGAGAGUUUCACAAACCUUAGCUAUGCUGGAAAUCCAAAACUUUGUGGACCUCCACUCACAAAACUUUGCCCACAAGAUGAGAAACUACCAAACGAAAAACAGAAGAGAGAAGAAGAAGAUGAUGAUGAUGAUAGCUCUGAAGUAUGGUCAUGGUUUUUUAUGGGGUUGGGAAUUGGAUUUGCCACAAGCUUUUGGGGAGUAUUGGGUGCUAUUCUUUUCAACAGAAAAUUCAGACAUGGUUAUUUCAGAUUUUUAAAUAUAUUCUAUGACAUUCUGAUCCGCUGAAUUAUCAUAAGCUUCCAUAGUCCUUAUUGGAGUGAAUAUUGCUUUGAUCAUCACCAAGAAGCUCCACAGGUUGCAUACAUGAUACAUGUGAUUUACUUUGAUUAGAUGUAAUUGCACUUUUUUAUUUUAUUUUAUUUUUUUACUUUUCCUGUACAAGUUCUGUAAGAUAUGUUUGAAGAUGUGUGCUUUGUUACAUAAUACCAGAAACACAUAACUGGGAA